CGGUGUUCUUGAAGCAGUAAACUGAUAUUGCCCAUUCACGUCUCACAUUUGAUCCUUUUCUACCAGAAUUUUUCUAUCCACAAUCAUUAAUCAUCAGACACCAAUGUUUAUGCACCAACUUGUAUUUCCCACAAAAAAGAGAAACAUCCUUCAACCUCUUAAUGAGCUUAAAUUGGAUUCGGAAUAACAAAUUCUAAGCCACAAUAACUUUUCAGAAAAUUGAAUAUGUGACUUGUAAAAUGUUUAGAAGAUUAAACAGUGCAGUAACAACAAAGGCACUAAGGUCUCUGCGAGGUCAAACAUAAGACAUUAAAUAUUGACUCAAUAACUGUCUGGAAGAGUAAUUGUAAGGCAAUAAACUUAAAAGACUCCAGUGAUUUGAUUUAAAUUGUUAUUUCAAAUUCAAUGACAAAAAAAAGUAACGACAAAAAAGUCACUAUGUUCAUGAUGGAAUUCAAAACUUGUAUUCCUUAGGCCCUGGGCAAAGGAAAAGACAGACAAAAGUUCUGGCAGUAACCAAAUCUUUAAUGUCUCCGGUGAAAAAUAUGUCAUCUUAAAAAUAAACUAGGAACUGCACUUUGCAUUCCAAUGUCCCCAGUGGUCAACAAACAAGGUCCACUUCAAGUCUUUUUCACUGGCAAUAUAUCAGUCCUCUUUUCCUCUCACAUCGACCCACCACAAAGUUAUGAGCAAGAGUCAUUAAUUGCCAAAAAUUUAAAUCAGCAGAAAGAAGUCUGCAUGGCGACCUGUUGCUUGAGGGAGUCUGUGAUAUUUCCCCUGAAUCGGUGAGGUUAGAUAGGGGUGAGGGGAACAAUGUCCUACUUCAGUCAUCAGCCUCUCAUAAUUGUUUGGGAAAUUAUCCCUCUAACCUGCCUGCCCUCCUGAUCAAGGUGAUGCUGAUGAUAGCCAAUGGGGUUGGGGUCUGGAUAAUGAUGUUGUACUAACGGUUAGUAAAACAGAGGCCACGGAGAGGGACCUUUACUUGUGAAUAGGUCUGCCAACCUACUACUGGAUCUCACAGAGCUGUAACUGAGGAAGUCUAUUUAUACCCGGUGAUAUUCCAUUUGGCUAAUUUGUGAUUCGUCUGCUUUCAAACAAAACUUUAACCAAAUUAGAAACCUCAGAUGAGGUGGACCUAGCCCGAGAGCUGCUGCCGGGGCUGUUCUCCAGCUGAUGCCUUCAUGACAUCGCGGAAACAACCUGAAGAUCGAAAAUGAAGGGCUGUCACUUGUUGCUAACUGUUUGCUGCAGUUCAGUGCUUCUGGCACAAGUUGUGAAAGAAGAUAAGCAGACAGAAAGAUGCAUAAUGACAGGGCGUGAUGGACGAGAUGGUAGAGACGGGCUAUCAGGACAGGCUGGGAGGGAUGGAAAAGACGGGGCUACUGGGGCAAAAGGAGAAAAAGGAAACAUUGGAGAAACAGGACUUUCUGGAAAACCAGGCCAGAAGGGAGAAAAAGGUUCUUGCCCUCUCAGGAAUAUACGUCAGUAUGUCUUUAAAGAUCUCAAUGAGGACAGAGAUACUGGGAUUCUUAAGGAGGUGACUUUCAGGAAGCUUUAUAAUGAGUCUGCUCUAUGGAUAUUGUGGUCAGGAAGCCUGGCUCUGGUCCCUGCCUACAGGACUGCCUGCAGGCGCUGGUUCUUCACCUUUAAUGGGAAAGAAUGCCAGGACCCUGCCACUGUGGACGCACAGAUUUAUGAAAACAUCCACGGUGACAACAGCCAUAGGCCUUCUCCAGUGGAGGGUAUAUGCAUGGAUGUUCCAAAAGGUACACUGCGGAUAGGCUUUAACAUUGACUACUGUGAACGUCAUGACCACACAGGGAAAGCCUAUACAGCCUAUGACAGUGUAUCAAGGAUACUGGUAGAAGAAAUAAUCAUUCAUAAUGAUCUCCCAGAAGACUAUAAAGUGGACGACUACUUGGAUCUACCACCAUCUACCACACCACCAACAACUGUUGCACCCAAGGGAACAACAACAUCCCAAAAGUCCACUUUGGCAGCCCACAGAGCUCUACCAUACAGGCCACCUGGGAAAUGACCCAUUCAGCUAUUAGAGUGGCAUUUUCACUUCACUUUAAGUAGGUAUCAUAACUGAACCAAAACAACUAGGUACUAAAUGUUACUUUGUAUAAAACAACAGAGGUAAAAAAACUUCUUGGAGGUAAACAAAUAAAAUUGGUUUCAGAGAGGUCACCAAACUUGUUUAGAGCACAUCCAGAUCUAAUCAGCUAGCUAUCUUUUAAUUAUUUUAGUACAAAUACAGUUUGAACAGUAAAUUUAUUAUCAAGAACCUUAAAGGCUGUUUAUGAUCCCUACCAACUUGUCCCUCUGCUGCCUGUAUGUAGAAUGGAAAUAAAAGGGAUAACAACUUUUCAUUUUGGCGGGGAAAAUUGCCAUCAACCAAAUUUUCCUGAUGAUCGAUGUUUCCAUACUUACCAAUGGUUAAUUAAUCCCAUCCAACAUUCAAAGUUAGUCAACUGUUUUUUUUUCUUAACAAAAAGUAUGUUUUUUUACAAUAAUCUCUUAUGGGAUUUUUAUGUAGGGUAGCUAUCUAUGAAGGUCCAUGUGGUCUGAUGGCAAGCACAGAUUUCAGAAUAAUUGCAAUAACUGCCAUAUUGGUGGUCAAAUGGAAUUUAUAAUAUUUCUAUGUUAUGUGUUGUUUACAGUGUAUUAAUUGUGGAAUUUAGAAUAUAUAUCAUAUGAAUAGUUGUUAACCCUUUAAGUAAACAGUAGGGAUCUUCUAUAGGGAUCUUAGGUGAUGACCACACUAUGAUGUACUUUGACGUAUUUGUCAAAACUAUGUGCAGUAAAAUGUUGCAAUAAAUUUCAUCUUUGCCAUUCUGUAAAGCUUAAAACUCCAAUUUUGUGUUAUAAACAGGAGUGAAAAAGGAUAGUAGUCAGAACUCAAAAUACAUUUAAGCUUGUGAGUGAGGUUCUUAAUUUUAAUUGGUUUUGAUUUAUCAUUAGAAUAAUAUUAUUCCACUGCACCAAUUAAGAACUUUAAAUUUCAAAUGCGCAAUUGCUUGCUGUUUUUCUUCCCAUUUAAUUGUAUAAGUUUUCACAUCUUUAUCUUCAGAAAGUGCACUAUCUGUGAUGAAUAAAUAAAUAUGAUUACAAAAAUUGAACGAAAUUAUAUUCUUUACAAAAUCUGCCAUGAAACACUAUGCAUGUUGUGAU